AUGGAGUGUGGCUCGACUCUCAUAGAGUUUGUUUUUUCCAUUUUUUUAUUUCAAAAAUUUUGCUUUUGUCAAGCGAUGCUUGUGUCAAAAUAUUUAAAAACAUCCGUCAUUGUUGAAAAUGAAUCUGUACGAAUUGAACCGAUGUUUACAGAUCCUGUUAUACAUAAUCAGGAAUGUUCUCAACUGUGUACCAGAGAUUACGGAUGCCGUAAAUAUAUGGUCACUACGGAUAUUACUACGCACGACAAAUCGUGUUACAGAUAUUCCGAUGGUGAAAAUUGUGUUGCGUCACAGUCUGAGCUUUCAAACAAAGAGAGCGUUUUUUACAGAAAGUUAAAACAGUCCGACGGUACCCACUGUGUCAAUCCAGUUGGUUAUUAUGGUACAAAUUGUGAAUACAUUAUAAAAGAUUGUUAUAAUGGAAAGGACUACAACUUUAAAGGUCUAUCUCUAUCGUAUGUUAAACCGACUAACAAGAUAUUUGAGGUUCUGUGUGAUUUUAAUAAUGGUAUGACCAAUAUUCAAGUUCGACGUUCGGAUUCGGUGGAAGUCAACUUUAAUCGUACCUGGAAUGACUAUGUGAACGGAUUUGGUAACACCCAUUCUGAAUAUUGGUUAGGAUUACAGAAUAUAUUCGAUUUGACCAAUAAUGGUGCCAACUUUAGAUUAGACAUUUACCUCAGCGGACCGGGGUUUAGUUGCGGUAUACAAUGUUCGGAUUUUCAAUUAAGGAGACUUCAGUCUAAAUGUAUCUACAGCUUGCAGCUUCGGAUAUCCUCAGGAUAG